AAGCGGAUUUUUAGCGAGUUUGCGGGAUCACUCGCUGGUUUCCUCAUCAUAGCUUCCGCUGGACUAUUGUAUUGUUGGCUCAGUGGUUUCGUGAGUCGCUGGUUUUGGAAAAAAAUGGCUUCAGGUGGUGAUGAGUCCAGCAGAAGUAAUCAGGAAAUUCAGCCUGAAGAAGAUGAAAUAGCGGUCGUACAGGACACUGAAGGGGUUUUCCGACAUUUUAUGUUCCUACGCUUUCAAGAUGAGACGCAAAGAGGUGAAGAACUGGGUGAAAUGAACAGUCCUUCGGCAAGCGCACGUCCAGACGCGUUAGAAGAACUGCGGUCUUGUAAUGAUGUUCAUCCAUUUUCGCAGCAUGUUCCUGUUAUUGGUAGACGUCUAGGAGAGAUAGGUGAUGAAAUAGAUGCUAAGUACAAAGACCAAUUCAAGGAUAUGAUCGAUUCAUUAAGCCUUACGCCUGCAACGGCUUACGAGACUUUUGCCGCCGUGGCUCGAAGGUUGUUUCGUUCAGGAAUUAACUGGGGAAGAAUUGUAGCUUUACUUUGUUUCGGCUACGAAAUUGCUGUGACUGUCAUACGCAAAGGAUUCAGUGGGAGUUUUCUACGGAGAAUCAUACGAUUUGUGGUGGAUUUUAUCUUCAAUGAGAGAAUCGCUCGCUGGAUUGCUCAGCACGGUGGAUGGAGAGCUGUGCUAGAUUUCCGGCUGUCAGAACCCAGCUGGUACACAGUUGGAAUUGUGCUUAUGUUAGGAACUAUGGCAGUUUACCUUGCUGCAAGGAAGACAUGAAAUAAAUUGACAGUUGUGACUGUUGCUAAUAAUUUGCCACUCUGUAAACUCCAAGAGACUGAAUACCAGCUUUUGACAAAUGAGCUGAAUGAUUAGUCAAUGGUUUCCAUUGGCAGCCAUCAAUCACAGCUGGUUGCAGUCUCUAUGAAGCUUCCAGAGUGGUGAAAUUACUGCCCUUAGAUGGAGAUAUAAAUUUUUUUUGACAAACAUUUCAUGCAAAUUUGAAAAACAUACUUACAUUGUAUAUCAGAUAUGAUCAUGGUAACUUUAUUCUAACUACAGUCAACUCUUGUCAUAGCGGACACCCUUGGGACUGUCAUUUGGUGUUCAUUAUAGAGAGAGUUUGGAAUAGCAGGGUCUGAUGAAAAUGACUCAACUUUUAGUUGCUAAGUGUCACAAAUAAUGUAUACUGCUAUACUCUUUAAGAUUUCCACUUCCUUUUAAUUUUUAGUAGACAUUUACUUUGAGACUUCAUCAUGAUUCUAAUAUAACUCAAAAUAACUCAUGCACAAAUUAAUAAACAUUCCAAAGGACUGGUGCAGAAUAAGGAGGUAAUUUAAUACAUCCAAGUUGUCUGUCGUAACGAGAGAAGAACAAAAUAUUACUUUGGGACCGCAUGAAGUAACCGUAAUUCCUUAAUGGUGGAAGUCCAUAUUAGCAGGAGUUGUUUCUAUACAUUUCUUUUUAGUUUUGGCUAGGGAUGUAACUUGUCUGUAAUAGUGGGUGUACACAAUAGUGAAUGAAUAGCAGGGUGUCCGCAGUUGAGUUGACUGUAGUUACUUUUAAACCCAGAUUCUACUAUUGUAACUUUGCCAUUCACUUAAUUGAAAGUUACAUCAACAUGUGGGUGUUUUUGUAAUAAUAUUGCACAAUUUUUAGAAUCUUGGCUUGAAAAUGUGAAGAAUGUUAUGAGUGGAAGACUGAAACCAAGCUGGCAAUGAAUGCUGAGUUUUACAUUCUAAGUGUUUUAAUUUAUUUUGAUGGUCUCUUCCAAAACUUUCAUAAGAAUCAGUCCCAUAGAUUAUUGCUGUUGUUCAAUUCAAGAAGAAAUUCUCUCAAUGUUAUCCAAUUGCUAUUAAGUGUUUAAGCCUUGUAUCUCGAAACAUUUAUCAAAAUUUGUUUCACUCAUUUCUCAGGAAAAAAACAACAAACUUUCCGGGUUUUAGACCACUGAUAACAGCAUGCAUUAGCAAUAGAUGUUUAUUUUGUGGCUGUUUUUUUUUUAAAAUAGGCACAGUUUUGUAUGUACUGGUAUCAAUUUUUAUAAACAAUCCUUCAUUGAUAGCACAGGUAACUCAGACUUGUAAAAGGACUUGCCAGUAUCAAAGAAAAUGUAUAAAGAAUGAAUGGUCAGAAAUGUAAUUAGUAGUAGUAUUGUUUAGAUAGCUAAUGGCAAAGUAAAACAAAAUACUAUCUUACCAGAUAUCUCAGAUUUUUUUGUGUACUGGAUUAGUGAUCAUGUCCAAUGCAAAUCUUGGCAUGGAGUAUUUUUGUUACAAAUCUGGGCUUCCAGUAAUAAAUAUAAUUUUCUUGUUUUCUUCUUCUCCUUAUGAUCUAAAUGACAAAGGAGGUUUCCUUUCUUAAGCUUUGCUGAAUUGCAUCAGUCAAGAGUGUUAAUUUUGGGCAAAAGGAAUAAUAAAUAAAUUGUUAUUUAGCAGGCCAUA